AUGCAGGCCAAGAACGCGCUGCUGGCGCUCAACAGAUGCGUCAAGGUGUACCCCGCCAUCAAGCAGGACGCCGCCACCAUUAUCGAGCUGCUCAAGCCCAUCAGGGACAAGGAUCCGCGGGAGGAUCUGAAGACGCUGGCCCGCAUGUACUGCACGGCCCUGGAGAUGCAGAUGCGGGACAAGACACGCAACAUGGUUGCCACGCGGGAGGAGUAUGGCGGGCUGCCACCCAAGAAGCGACCCCGCCCUGCCGCCUCCAAGGCUGGCGCCGGCUCCGAGGGCAAGGCCGCAGGCGGCAAGGAGGCCGGCGGCGGCGGCAAGGCCAGCGGCGAGGGCGACAGGAAGGGCGACAAGGGCGCUGCCACGCCGAAAGAUGACAAGGCGGCCGCGGCGGCGGCAGGCAAGGAGGAGGGCAAGCGCGGCGCCACAGACAGCAGCAAGGGGCCCUCGCUGCCGCCGGGCAUGGGCAUGUCGCGGCGCGGCGAGCAGGCGCCAGGGUCGCGGGAGCGGGAGCGGCGGUCGGAGGGCCGGACGGGAGCGUCGCACGAGGGCCCCCCUCCAGAGGGCGGUGGCAGGGAGCGCGGGCGCGGCGAGCGGCGCAGCGAGGCCGGCGACAAGGCCGAGCGGGCAGGCGGCGAGGUGCUGCUGCGGGCGACCAGCAGGGAAGGGGAGCCACGAGGCGGCCGCGAGCGCGCCGCCAGCCGCGACGGCCCCUCUGCCACCGCUGGCAGCGACGGCGGCAAGGAGGGCCGGGAUCGGCCCGCCAGCAGAGAUCUCAGCGACAGGCUGGGGCCCGGGCGCGGCCGCGGCAAGGAGGAGGAAGGCGGCGGCCGGCCGGCCGAGGCGGUAGCAGAGGCUGGGCGGGAGCGGCCGGCAGAGGGGCGGCACGAGCGGGCGCGCGGCGGCGAGCAUCGGCCGCGGGAGGCCCGGGAGCGGCCCGGCAGCGGCGGCAGGGAGCGGGAGGCCAGGCCUGCCGCCGCGGCUGAGGGCAGGGAAGGCCGGGCGGAGGAGGAAGGCAGGCGGGAGCCAGCCCACGGUUCCAAGCGCAAGCGCGAGGAGGAGGCGGCGGCGGCGGCGGCGGCGGCAGCGGCCGCGGCGGCUGCUCCGGAGCGCCCCACCAGCCGCGAUGCUCGAGAGCGGGAGCGGGAGCGGGAGCGCCCUGCAAGCCGGCCGUCUCGGGAGCAGCGAGCGGCGGGCGACAAGGGGCCAGGGGAGCAGCCACGCGGCGGCAGGGGAGAGGGCGAGUCGCUCCGCCCCCGCAGCCGGAGGGAGGAGGGCGCCGCUGCGGCUGCGGUUGUGGAGGACGCACGUGCGGCGGCGCAGGCUGCCGCAGCCGCAGCGCUCAGCCGCGACCGCAGCGGCAGCCUGCACCGGCGGCCGGCCGGCCAGGCAGAGGAGCGGGGCCGGCCGGCUGCCGCAGCCCCUGCCGCGGCGGCGGCGGCGGCGGAGGAGGGCGGCGGUGGCAGCGGGAGCGAGGGCGAGGGGCGGGGCGGGCGGCGGCACAAGCGGGACCGCAAGGACCGAGAGAAGAAAGAGAAGGACAAGAAGAAAGAAAAAGAGAAGGAGAAGGAGAAAGAAAAGGAGAAGGAUCGCAAGGUGGGGCCGACUGCACGGCUGGAGGGAGAGGAGGCAGCAGGGGGGCAGGCCACGCGUGCACCUGUGCCGACGUGGCUGGCCUCUACACCAGACUUGACGUAG